AACGAUGGACAUUCUUCCUGACGAUCUACCGAACGAGCUACCGCCAUACCGAACGCAUCAAUACGAGAUCGUGGAGGAACCAGGUUCGAAGCCGACCUUCCGAGCACCAUAUCCGCUCAGCCCCACUGAGCUGACCGACAUGAAAAAACAGAUCGAGUAUCUCCUAGCCAAAGGGCUCAUCCGGCCAUCCACUUCGCCAUACGGUGCCCCAGUACUCUUCACACCGAAUUCGGACGGAAGUCUGCGCAUGUGCAUCGAUUACCGAGCUCUCAACAAGCAGACCAUCAAGAAUAAAUAUCCGAUACCACGAAUCGAUGACCUGCUUGACCAGCUUCGAGGAGCUACAGUAUUUUCUAAACUGGAUAUGCGGUCCGGAUACUGCCAGAUACGCAUGGCGGACAACUCCAUCCACAAAACUGCUUUCCGACUCGAAAAGCAACAUCUGCUGCAGUGGAACAAUGACAUCGCGUACCGGAAAAGAUCAACAAAAAUCUGGGUACCCAAUUACCCUCCUUUGCGCCAGUUACUACUCGAAGAAUACCACGAUGCCCUAUACGCCGGACACUUCGGUAGCAACAAGACGCUGACCGGUAUCGCGAAGCACUACUACUGGCCCCACUUGGCAGAAGAUGAUCAGGAAUUCGUCACCUCAUGUGAUACAUGUCAACGAAUGAAGAGCAGCAAGCAAAAGAAGGCGCGACUACUACAACCUCUUCCUGUCCCAGAACAACCAUGGCAAGUGGUUAGCCUGGACUUCAUCACCGGGUUACCACCUACCAUUAACGGUUGUGAUGCGAUCCUUGUCGUCAUCGACAAAUUCUCCAAAAUGAGACACUUCAUCCCGACACACACGACAGCACGCACCGAAGAAACACCACAACUCUUCGUUCGCUACACCAUCUCACAGCAUGGCAUUCCAACCACGCUCAUCUCCGACUGAGACCCCAAGUUCACCAGCAAGUUC